AUGCCUGACUACCGCAUUGAGGUCUCGCCCAAUAACCGCGCCGGAUGCACCGAUGGCGUGUGCAAGAAGGCCGCGGCCAAAUGCUUGAAAGGUUCCCUUCGCUUCGGCACAUGGACCAAGAUUAUGGAUCAUGAGUCCUUCAAGUGGAAGCAUUGGGGAUGUGUUUCUGGAGAGCAGAUGCAGCACGUCCGGGAGCUUUGUGAGAGGAACGGAAAGUUCGACUUUGACGCCUUUGACGGCUAUGAUGAGAUGGGCGAUCACCCUGAUCUUCAGGCCAAGAUUCGCAGCGCUAUAGAGCAGGGCCAUAUUGACGCCGAGGACUUCAACGGUGACCCCUGGAUGAACAAGCUCGGCCAGCGCGGCAUUCGCGGCAAGAAGCCCAAGGACUGGGAUGACGGCGAGGAGGAAGAUGAGGAUGAAGCCCCCGCUAAGGGUAAGAAGCGCGGUCGCAAGGCCGCUGACGAGGUGGAAGAGGAGAAGCCCAAGGCUAAGCGCACCAAGAAGGCCGCCGCCAAGGCCGAGACUGAGGACGAGGAAGAAGAGAAGCCCAAGCCAAAGGCCAAGCGCGGUGCUCGCAAGUCCGCUAUCAAGGAGGAGGAAUCCGAUGAUGGGGAGCCGAUAGCGGCUCCCAAGCUCAAGCGUGGUCCCGCCAAGAAGGCUGCUGCUGUGAAGAAGGAAGAGUCUGAUGCCGAAGAGGCGGAAGAGGCUCCCAAGCCUAAGCGUGGUGCCGUCAAAAAAGCUGCCCCCAAGAAAGCAGCCAAGAAGGUGAAGGCGGAGGAGAGCGAGGAGGAGGUUUCUGCUGCCGAGCCCGAGACUAACCCCGAAUCCGAGGAAGAGGAGAAGCCCGCGCCUCAAAAGGCCAAGGCGGCACCCAAGGGUCGCAAGAAGGCUGCUCCUGCUGCUGAGGCGGAGAAGCCCAAGUCGACGCGGGCCAGUCGUUCUCGCAAGUGA